UUAUAUAGAUCGAAAUAUAUUAUAUUGACAAAGUAAGCUCAGACUGCUUGCUUUGAGACAAUAAACCAAAUAGUCUGUUUCCUGACCCCUCCGUUGCUUGUUUUGUCUGUGUAGCGGUGCAUGAUGUUUUGUUACGCUCUUGCCAGCAUGUUUCAUAUCUGACUUGUCUGACCCUGCACGUGCUGCAUGCUGCAACUACAGCCGCCGCUUCAGAAAAGUUGAAAUGCUGUGUAACAUGUAAAUAACAGCAGAAUGCAAUGAUUUACGAAUCCUUUUUUUUUUUGCAAACCCAUAUUCAACUGAAUACAAUGCAAACACAAGAUAUUUAAAGCUCAAAAUUUUAGUUUAUUUGUUUAUAUACACUCAUCCUGAAUUUGACGGCUGCAACAUGUUCCAAAAUCGUAUUCUGGACUUCAUAGUGCAUCACUCAUUUUCAGUGGCACUCUUUUACUAUGAAGUCACACUGUUGUAAUUUCAGGCACUGAACUGUUCUAAUAAAUAAAUAAAUCUUUAACAAGUCCUUUAAGUGGCCUUCCACUGUUUUUCAGUGGAAACUUCUUCAGUAAGACUAUGAUGAUUAUUCACUCUCUUUCUUUGCCUCCUUUUCAAGAUACACUCAGAAGACAAAUUUUAGCAAAAGGCAGAGAAAGUGAGAGAUGAAGCUUUGGACAUCCAACUUCUAUCUUCAUUUUUAGGCUAGAUCUUUAAAACAUUUGUAGGGCAGUGGGAGAACAGGGUAAGUCCAGUCCAAACCCCUUGUAUGUAGGUAACCUUAAAAAAAUGUAAUCAUGUGACCACAAAUUGAGGAAGUAUGGUUCACAUUAGACAGUCCAUCUCAGGCUCAAGCAGAGUGGUAAGGAAAGCCAAGCAGAAAAAAAAAGGCUUUUGUCAUGUCAGGUGAAUUCAUCACAAUACUACAAGUUAAUACAAUACAAGUUAUCAGAUAUAUCUUAGUGAAAAUAGAUAAGAUUGAUAGAUAAGUUCGUAUUACAAGUUAAUUUAAGUGGAAGCUACAGAACAAGGUUAGAUUUGAGUCACACUGUGAAUGUGGGGCAAAACACACCAGUGAUAUUGGGGCAAGUUGAGCUCAGUUUAGCCUCCACAGGUUUAAAUGAGCUACAUAUGUACACAUUAACCUGUGUAUUGUGUUCCUGUGAGUUUUGUUUUUUUAUGCUGUGAAAAGUGAAAUCAGGCAGUAACUUCUUUAAAAAGCAGAGAACUUUUAAUUCAGUCAUCAAGCGAGAAUGGCAUUGCUGAAUUUAUCCUGUCCACACUUUUUUAAAUGAGUCAUUAUUAUUAUCACUGUUUUCAUUUCCAUGGGCACACAACAAUCUGACAUUUAUAUUUAUAUUUAUACAGUUUUAUUAUUUAGUAAAAUCACUAAAUGUAAAAGUCACUCAUGUAACCCCAUUCUCUCCUACUGGUGAGAUUAGUACAGUUACACUCUGCAGUAGUGAUACAAAAUAAGCAUGCAUUAUGAAUAUUCAAGCAGGAGUUUAUUAGUGUGCACUAACACAAAUUUUCAGCAACAGGUUCGUGUCUUCUAUCUCUAGGAGUGUAGAAAUCCUCAUACUAACCCGUCCCUCAGGACCAGCGGCCCAAACUGGGCCUUCCAAAGCUUCAGCUGGGCUACAAACAAACAGAGUCAGCAGGCGGGACCUCAUCUGUUCCCAGCCGGCAACAGUGUGUGUGGUCGCUGCUCGAGUGCAGAGAAGGAAGCAAAGGAAAAUCAGAAACUUGAGGAGGAUGGCGCAGGCCAGCUGUCAAAGAGCAGCACCCCAGUGUGUCCGCUUCGCCACCAGAGGGGUGAAACCGGCGAGGGCAGGAAACUUCAGCAUCACAGAGUGCUUAAUAUGGGGUUCAGUGUCCACAGAGACCCUGUCCACAACAUAAAGAACUCCUCCAUCACAGGGCAACCAAAGUCUCCUUUGGUGACAGACAAGACCCUUCCUCAGGAAUCAUUCAUCUCUCAAGUGCCAUUAAGAUUACAGAUCAAAGUGUCUGGCCAGAGAGGUAGUUUGGGGAUCAGUAUUGCUGGUGGAAAGGGCUCUCUGCCUUACAAAAACCAUGAUGAGGGCAUUUUUAUUUCCAGAGUCAUUAAAGGGGGUGCAUCAGAAAAGGCAGGGGUCCAUGUUGGAGAUAGAUUGCUGGAGGUCAACGGGCUCACCAUGCAGGGGGCGACCCACCACGAGGCGGUCAGAGCCCUCAGAAAUGCUGGGAGCUGCAUCAAGAUGAAAGUGCUGAGAGAAAGGCUGCUGCCUCAAGAGGUGUGUGACCUGAAUGAACCUCAGGAUCCACAAGACGUGACGGGACGACAGCUGUACAGCCAGGAUAGUGAAGGCCAGAGAGGCAAACAGCCAGUGAUGGAGAGCACAGAAGACUGUUUGUCGAAGAAGAUUGAGGUGGUCGUCUGCAAUGGCAAUAGCAUUUCUAAUUUGGAGAGCGACCUGAGGACCUUGUCCGAACUGAAGGCAGAGGACUCGAGAAUUGAUUCGCUUCAAGGAGGGAAACAAACAAUGGCAAUCCCGCGGAUCAUCCUCACUCAUCCCUCCACCUCAGAUGAAGAUGUGGAGCUCUUGACACAGAGCCCCAACAGAGAGCCGCUACAUGACUUUGACAUUCCUGACAGACUUGUCUGCUUUGACAGCGCUUUCUACCCACCUUGACCACCACGCACGGGAUACACACAAGACUGACUGUUAUUACCCAGAGCUUCUUCUUCUUUUUCUUCAUUUUUUUUUUCUGCACUGAGGCAUUUCCAGUAAUGUUACUGUGGCAGAUUAAUGUGAAACAAACUGUUAAUGUGUUUUUUACUGUCACUGCAAACCUUUUUUGUCUGUCAGAUUAAAUUGCUGCUAAUAGUAUUUCAUGAUAUUAAAGUCAUUUACAAGAUGGACAACUUUAAUAAUUUAUUUUUAUUACCAAAACUACAGUUUUGCCUAUGAAACUACAUUGACCAAAGACUGUAAAGCAUGAACAAAAUGCUCUGCCAGACAAACAUGUCAUAAUGUUAUAUACAAUCAGUAAACACUGAAUGCUUCUGGCUACCUCUACUUCAACACCACUGUGCUGUUGGUCUGUGGAUGUGCUGGUAAACUGCGAUAUUGUGAAGCCCUCAAACUUUUUAUAGUCUGAGCGAGAUAAAAUGCCUCAGGACCGAACAGAGUACCCAGCAGGGAGUCCGUGUCCUGCAGAGUCCUGAGACAGACGGAACUCUGCUUCACAUGCUCACACACCUCCACUAUAAGCUAAAUUCAGACUGAUGACAUUAUACACUCUGCUUUAAGGAAAGAAGAGACCAGACAUCAAGCUGGAAGAAUUCAUCAUCUUCCAAAGCCUAGAAUUUGCAAACUAUAAAUGUCAAUUGUUUGUUGUUCAGUUCUCAAUAAAAUGUAAAUGUAU